AUGAUCCCAACAUCGAUCCUCCUCCCUGUGCUGGCGGCACGUUUGGUUUCAGCAAGCAUCUCGUUAGCAACCUUUACGCAACCAAACUGUGGCGGAAACCUGAGCAACAAUAUUCGAUCGAACAGUGCCAAUCAGUUUCAAAGCAGUGAAUGUGUUGCGACAAAUCAAUUUUCGUCCGUCGAGGUAAUCACGGCAGACGCCGGCUUUCAAUGCAACAUCUACUCUGACAGAGCAUGCGCAAACUUCAUCGGGACGUUUGAAACUGCAGGCGAAUGCGGCAGCAUCAUUGGCUCGGGUGUCAUCUGCUUCAGUCAGAAUUCAUUCGACAAUCCUCUCGAUGGCGCCAAAGGAAAAUUAUUGAUCAAUGACAAAUUUGUCACAGUGGUUAAACAAGCCACUGAACUGAUCCAACUCGGAGUUGCGCAAAGCUGCAACGAUCUCGGCUGUGAUCAUACCAAUUUCUUCAGCGAGACGCAAAAUCCCAUGACUUCCAAAGAGAUCGUCAAGGUCGAAGUCCGAGGCACCUACGCCAACGUCGAACAGCGAGACUACAUGCGGAAUGUUCUGAUGGAGUCCUUCCGUCUGGCCCAGUCUGAGGACCGCAAUAACCCGAUGGCGUUUUUGGGCGUCGACCCUAACGAUGACAAUGUUGCCGUGUUGGAGAAUCCCUUGAUCCAUGAUAUACCUACCUUCGGUCAAGUGACCUUGAGGGACGCUCAGGAUGCGAUACUGGCGCAGAUGGAGGUUCUGAUUACCCAAACAGAAACAGAAAGACAAGGGGCGUGCGAUAAUAGCGCAGGGAAGAUUACACAGGCGGCUCUAAAAGCUAUUCCGACGGUUGGUGGUGCUGCUGGACUGAUCUUCGAUCUUCUUUGUCAAGUCUCAUGA